AUGGCGCUCAAUUCCAAUGGCGGCGCCAGCAUCGCCAGGGUUUACGCCGAUGUCAAUGCCAACAUGCCGCGCCCCUACUGGGACUACGACAGCGUAAACAUCUCCUGGGGCGUCCUGGAGAAUUAUGAGGUGGUGCGCAAGAUCGGUCGAGGAAAGUACUCGGAAGUCUUCGAAGGUAUCAACGUCGUCAACUACCAGAAGUGUGUCAUCAAGGUCCUCAAACCUGUUAAGAAGAAGAAGAUAAAGCGUGAGAUCAAGAUCUUGCAGAACUUAUCUGGAGGCCCCAAUAUCGUCGCACUGCUUGAUGUUGUCCGCGAUAACCAGGUCUGGGGCUUAAAUGUCUCCCUUCCAUCUAUCGACUCUCUUUCUAACGAUCGCGUGCAGAGCAAGACCCCUUCGCUCAUCUUUGAGCACGUCAACAACACCGACUUCCGUAGCUUAUACCCUAAAUUCACCGAUUAUGACGUCCGAUUCUACAUCAACGAGCUCCUCAAAGCGCUAGACUACUGCCACAGCAAGGGCAUCAUGCACCGAGACGUUAAACCCCACAACGUCAUGAUCGACCACGAGAAGCGCAAAUUGCGAUUGAUCGAUUGGGGUCUCGCCGAGUUCUACCAUGCUGGCACCGAGUACAACGUUCGUGUUGCAUCUCGUUACUUCAAGGGUCCUGAACUUCUUGUUGAUUUCCAGGAGUACGAUUACUCCCUCGACAUGUGGUCCCUCGGUGCCAUGUUCGCGUCGAUGAUCUUCCGCAAAGAGCCCUUUUUCCACGGCAACAGCAACUCAGAUCAGUUGGUCAAGAUCGCCAAGGUCCUCGGUACCGAGGAUCUCUUCGAUUACCUUGACAAGUACGACAUCGAGCUCGAUGCGCAGUACGACGACAUUCUCUCGAGAUACCCCAAGAAGCCGUGGCACUCGUUCAUCAAUGCAGAGAACCAGCGCUUCGUUAGCAACGACGCGAUAGACUUCCUUGACAAGCUGCUCCGAUACGACCAUCAGGAACGUCUCACCGCUCAAGAGGCUAUGGCCCAUCCAUACUUCGCACCCGUGCGACAGAAUGCGCAGAACCACGCCAGUGCUACGCCGCAUUCAUGA